AUGUGUAAGCUUGCUGGAGACAUUGACCAUACCGGAGGGGCUACCCCGGACCCCACCCAGGGCCGUGAGCUCCUCCCGACCAACGUCAUCCCGAGACAUUACGAUGUCACCUUAGAGCCCAACUUCGAAAAGUUUACCUUCGACGGCAAGGUGCUUAUCGACUUCGACGUCCAAGAAGAUUCUAAGUCUAUCUCUCUCCACAGCCUUCAGAUCGAUAUCCACAGCGCCAACAUCAAAUCCGGAAACAGCAUUAUUAGCUCAUCUUCGGCAAUCACGUACGAUGAAUCCAAGCAGAUCACCAGCAUCGAGCUCAAAGAUGCCAUCCCGAAGGGCAAGGCCCAGUUGGAAAUCAAGUACUCUGGUCAACUUAAUGACCAGAUGGCCGGUUUCUAUCGCUCUACCUACAAGAAGCCAGAUGGCUCCGAAGGUGUCCUCGCUACCACGCAGAUGGAAGCGAACGACUGCCGCCGGGCUUUCCCGUGCUUCGACGAGCCCAUGCACAAAGCCAAAUUUACUGUCACCCUCAUUGCGGAUAAGCACUUGACAUGCCUCAGCAAUAUGGACGUUGCGUCUGAAUCAGAAGUGCAAUCGGAAUUCAGCGGAUCUACAAAGAAGGCCGUCAAGUUUAACACGACUCCUCUUAUGUCGACUUACCUAGUCGCCUUCAUCGUAGGCGAAUUAAGUUACAUCGAGACCAACAAAUUCCGUGUCCCAGUUCGAGUGUACGCCCCGGCUAGUUCAGAUAUUGAACACGGCCGCUUCUCGCUCGAGCUCGCAGCGCGGACUUUAGAGUACUACGAGAAAAUAUUCGGAGCCGAAUUCCCGUUGCCCAAAAUGGACAUGGUUGCUAUCCCCGAUUUCGCGGCGGGCGCUAUGGAAAAUUGGGGUUUGAUCACCUACCGUGUUGUCGACCUUAUGCUGGAUGAGAAGGCCAGCGGUGCGGCAAUGAAAGAACGUGUCGCCGAGGUCGUCCAGCAUGAGCUAGCACAUCAAUGGUUCGGCAACUUGGUAACUAUGGACUGGUGGGAAGGUCUAUGGCUGAACGAAGGGUUUGCGACUCUGAUGAGUUGGCUAAGCUGCAACUACUUUUACCCAGAAUGGAAGGUCUGGGAAAACUACGUUACUGACAAUCUCCAGAGUGCCUUGGGACUGGACUCGUUGAGGAGCAGCCAUCCUAUCGAGGUGCCGGUAAAGCGCGCUAGUGAGGUUGACCAGAUUUUCGAUGCUAUCUCAUAUUCCAAAGGUUCAUGUGUUCUUCGUAUGAUCUCUACAUAUCUUGGCGAGGAGACUUUCCUAGAGGGUGUCAGGAGAUACAUUAAGAAGCAUGCCUACGGUAACACACAGACAAAUGAUUUGUGGGCGGCCCUUGAGGAUGCCAGCGGCAAACCGGUUCGGGAGAUUAUGUCUAUCUGGACUAAGAAUGUGGGCUAUCCCGUAGUCCAGGUUACGGAAAACGAGAAGGACAGUUCUAUCCGUGUCAAGCAGAAUCGAUUCCUAAGAACCGGCGACACUAAACCUGAAGAGGAUAAAGUGUUAUAUCCGGUUUUCUUGGGCCUCCGAACGAAGGAUGGUGUAGACGACUCAUUAACGUUGACGAAGAGGGAAGAUGUGUUCAAGGUUAAGAACUUGGACUUCUUCAAGCUGAACGCAAACCAUACUAGCAUCUACCGUACGUCCUACACACCGGAACGCCUCACAAAACUGGGCCAAUCUGCCAAGGAUGGGCUGUUAACAGUUGAGGAUCGUGCUGGUAUGAUCGCCGACGCUGGUGCUCUCGCCGUGUCAGGCUAUCAGAAGACUUCUGGUGUUUUGAACCUACUAAAAGGGUUUGAUACAGAGCAAUCGUUCGUGGUAUGGAGUGAAAUUAUUGCCAGGGUUGCAACCGUCCAAUCUGCGUGGGUCUUCGAGGACUCGGCCGUUAAGGAUGGCCUCGAAGCCUUUGUUAAAGAACUUGUUAGUGAGAGAGCUCAUAAAUUAGGAUGGACCUUCUCAGACAAGGAUGGCCACGUUGAGCAGCAGUUUAAAGCUAUGCUGUUCGGCGCAGCUGGAAUGGCUGGUGACCAAAAGAUCAUCGACGCGUCUAAGGAGAUGUUCAAGAAAUACAUGGACGGCGACAAGUCAGCUAUCCACCCGAAUAUCCGAGGAAGCGUUUUCAGCAUGGCUCUUAAGUAUGGUGGAAAGGAGCAGUACGAUGCGCUUGUCGACUUCUUCCGCAAGUCCAGUAACAGUGAUGAACGUAACACAGCCCUGCGAUGCAUUGGUCGGGCAAAGGACCCGGCUCUAAUCAAGCAGACAUUAGACUUCGUCCUCAGCGGCGAAAUCAAGAGCCAGGAUCUAUACCUUCCAGCAAGUGGACUUCGCAGCCAUGCUGAGGGUAUCGAGGCGCUCUUUAGCUGGCUGACUGAGAAAUGGCCAGAAAUAUCUAAGCGACUUAGCGGAAACGCGCCUAUCCUAGGUUCGAUGGUUACCAUCUGUACAUCUAGCUUUGCAAAGGCGGAUCAACUCCAGAAAGUGGAGGAGUUCUUCAAGGACAUUGACACUAAGAGCUUUGCCCAGCCCCUUGCUCAAAGCAAGGAUGCCAUUCGCAGCAAGAUUGCAUGGCUAGAGCGUGACCGUGACGACGUCGCGAAAUGGGUUAAGGAAAAUGGAUACAGUUCGUGA